UUCUCCUCAGAUUUGUUUCUGGAGCUGUGAGUGUAGUGUAGUGUGGUCAAAGGUCUCUCUUUGGCUCAGUGUUAUAGCCGCAAUGGCCACUUACACUGCUUACAGUGGCUACAGCAAGCCACCUCUAUCUUACACAGGCACUUACUAUGAUGAGAAGCAGGCCAAGGCCUAUACAGAUUACCAAGACUCCGUAUACGAGGAAAAAAAGAGACUUGAAAAGAAGGACCGUCGGGACGCCAUCUGUUGUGAGGUAGUGGCCCUCAUCAUCGGUUUCAUUGGACUAAUCGGAGUGGCAGCCGUGACAGGCCUGCCGAUGUGGAAGGUGACAGCCUUCAUCGAGGAGAACAUAAUUGUUAUGGAGACCCGCUGGGAGGGUUUGUGGAUGAACUGCUACAGACAAGCCAACAUCAGGAUGCAGUGUAAGGUGUACGAUUCCCUGCUGUUUCUGCCCCCGGACCUCCAGGCUGCUAGGGGCCUGAUGUGCAGCUCUGUGGCCCUGACCUGCUUCGCCCUCAUCGUUUCAGCAGUGGGGAUGAAGUGUACCAAAGUGGUGGACCAUCGGGCUCGCACCAAGCAUGUUGUUCUUGUGGCUGGGGGCUGUCUGUUCCUGAUGGGCUGUAUCACUACCUUAAUCCCUGUGUCUUGGACCGGCCAUGUCAUCAUCAGGGAUUUCUACAACCCUCUGCUGAUCGAUGCCCAGCGCAGGGAGCUUGGGGAGGCUCUUUACAUUGGCUGGGUGACCUCAUCUUUGCUUUUCACUGCCGGAGUGAUCCUGCUGUGCCGUCACGCUCCUCACACGCAGGACUCAGAUGAGAGGAUUGUAUACAACCCUGGGGGAAAUGUCUACCAACCUGCUUACCAACCGUACACCUACCAGCCAGCCUACACCUACCAGCCUCCCUACUCUGCACCGCCGCCGGGAUCUGUAGCAUACACACCAAGUCAGUACUAGAAAAGGAAAUCAACAGUUUUGGACUCUUUUUUUUUUUUUAAACUUGCCAAGAUUUGGCACAUUAGAAUGAGGAGAAUCAAUGGACUAAUAUGAUGAAAGGCGGUCACUGGAAAUGGCUGCAUCUUUCAUUAUUUUCUCAAACAGGGCAAAGUGUUUCCCAGAGAUUGAAAUUCAUUAUAGAACUGAUUGUGUUUUGAUCAUAAUGAACUGUGCUGAAUUACUGUUUACUUCAUUUGUUUCCAUACACUUAAUUUACACUGUAUCAUUAUCUACGUCCUUCAGGCAGAGUAGUUUUAAUUUGUAGUACAUUAGAACAGUUCACUGUCCUUAUAGUCACUGCUGACAUGCUCUUUGAUAACAAAACAUGCACUAGGAAUUUUUCAGCUAACAUACCUCUUAAUGAUCUGUGUUCCUUGUUGUUUUUGUUGUAAAUAAACACUUUUCAAAAUGCCGGCCUAAUCAUAAGGUCAAUUGCGGUUUCCAAUAAAGGGAUAAAGUUGAAGAAAAAAAGAGAAUUUUG